CAGUGCUGGUGGCAGAUCAUCUUGUUUAUGUGCGGCAACACAGCCAUUUGGAAAAAGAUCAGAAGGACAGUGGCCAUCAGCCUCUCUCUCACAUUUCCUCCUCGACCUGAAACCAACAUACAGAAGAUGUCUGACGCUCUUUGUAUUGUGGGUUCGUUGUUUGGAUCUGCAGAUGGACAGCAAGAGUGUGGUUCCUGUUACCUGAUAAACAUGGAGUCUGUAAUCGCCAUUAUUGCUUCUGACAUUAUUUUGACCAUCUUCAUCACUAUUUCUGUGUUCUGCUUUGCCACUCAACACAAGAGAAGGAGAGAAUGGGAUUCUCAUGAUGGUAGAAGAAACCUGCCAUCAUCAGUAUCAAAGAAAAUGCCAACAGAGGUCACAGAAUCUCCCUACCAGGAGUUACAUGGAGUCCAAUCAGAUGUGUACAGUGAGCUUCAGCACUUUAGGAAAUGAAACAACAAAGCUAUAAAAAUCCAAACAACGUCUCAUCUGUAUUUUCACAACACUCACACACUCCUCUAUGCACAUCUUGUUUUGCCACUUAUACUUAUGUGGAAUUAAAGGUAACAAGAUGCUUUAUAAAUGUGUCUUUUACAUGUAAAAUGUAUAUUAUAUUCACUGAGUACUGUGUUGUGCCGAAUGUGAUGUUCGCUGCAUCACAAUCUUGUUUUUUGUAAAUCUUAAACUGUCUUAAA